GGACCCAGAGGGGAAGUGGUAACAGGGACGGAAGGACCUCCUCACACUCACUCAUCUGUGACAAGUGCAAAUGCAAGAAAAACCUGGCUGAGGGCAGCAGCUCAACGGGACCUCCGGACAGGACCCAGGACCAGGACUUGGGGGUGAACAAAAACCAGCUCCCAGGGUCCAGCCACCAGCAAACCGGAGCCCUCUGGACCAGCCAGUGGACACAGAAGGGCCCCCACCCAUGGAGUUCUGCCUGGACACGGAGGCAGUCAAUGGCUCAAAGAAUGACUUGAAUUUCAACCCCAUGAAGGAUUACAUGGUCCUCAGCCGUCCUCAGCAGGUGGCGAUUGCCGUGCUGUGCACCCUGCUGAGCCUGCUAAGUGCCCUGGAGAACCUGACCGUGCUUUACCUGAUUCUGUCCUCCCGCCGACUCCGCAGGAAGCCCUCAUACCUGUUCAUUGGCAGCUUGGCUAUAGCUGACUUCCUGGCCAGUGUGAUCUUCGCCAGCAACUUUAUCAAUUUCCACGUCUUCCACAGCGUGGAUUCCAAGGCCGUCUUCCUGCUGAAGAUCGGUAGUGUGACCCUGACCUUCACCGCCUCAGUGGGCAGCCUGCUGCUGACCGCCAUUGACCGCUACCUCUGUCUGCGCUACCCACCUGCAUACAAAACUCUACUCACCCAUGGGAGGGCCCUGGCAACCCUGGGCAUCAUGUGGGUCUUGUCAGCUUUGGUCUCCUACCUGCCUCUCAUGGGGUGGACCUGCUGUCCCAGUCCCUGCUCUCAGCUUAUCCCGUUGGUCCCCGACAACUAUAUCCUGGGCUGGCUCCUGCUGGUUGCCAUUCUCUUCUCCGGCAUUAUCUACACCUACGGGCACGUCCUCUGGAAGGCCUAUCAGCAUGCAGUCAACUUGGCCGAGCACCAGGACAGACAGCUGCCAGGGAUGAUCCGUAUGAGGCUGGAUGUGAGGUUGGCCAAGACCCUGGGGCUGCUGCUGGCUGUGUUGGUCCUAUGCUGGUUCCCGGUACUGGCCCUCCUAGCCCACAGCCUGGUGGCCCCGCUGAGUGACCAGGUCAAGAAGGUCUUUGCCUUCUGCUCCUUGCUGUGCCUCGUCAACGCCAUGGUCGACCCUGUCAUCUACGCCCUGCGGAGUCGGGAGAUCCGCUCUUCUGCCCACCAUAGCCUGGCCCGCUGGAAGGGCUACCUGAGAGGCCGUGGUCCUGAAGGAAAGGAAGAAGCCCCCAAGUCCUCCGUCACCGAGACAGAGGCUGACAUGAAAAUCACCUAAGGACCCCAGGUCAGAGGUCCAUUCUGCUCAGAUUGCUGAGGAGGCCUCUUCCCAUUUUUAACCCAAGUCAGAAAUCAUUUUGUUCCCCGGAUGAAGGAGCGCGGUCCUGGCCCUCUCGACCUUUGUAAACCAGCCUCAGGACUUGGAACUGACCCCUUUGUGCUGGGGAGUGCUGGGACUGGUUCCUGGAGGGUGGCCUGGCCGUGUCCACCUGCACAAGUCUGGGGCUUUGUGAAGAGUGACAAAGGCAUCAAAGGCACAGGGCCCAGGACAGGCUCACUUCAUGUCGGGUCAGGAAAACCUUCCCAACAAGUGGCUUAGUGCCUGCAUCCCCCCAGGGACCACAGAAGGAGGGAGCAUCUGGCUCGGCUGGCUCAGAGGGAAUGGGAGGAGGACCGUGUGUCCCGGGGCCUUGGCUAUCAGGUGGGAUGGUCAGCCAGGGCUCGUGUCUGACUGAUCAUCGGGGCCUCCUUUGUUCUGGAAGCAUGAAAGCCCCUCCAUCAGGUCACCCUUUCCCACUGAGGCCCAAGAAGUUGUGAGUUGAUGAGGAUCAAGGGGGUUGACCCACUUCUUGCAGAGACAAAUGACAAGACUUCAGUUCAGGGCAUCCUGUUAGGGUAAAGGCCCUCCUGAGGCCCUGACACCCUUGCUCAUGCCAUGAUUACCCCCAGAUCCCUGGGAGGAGACACAGAUACUUCCAAAAGUCAUACUGAGCCACGGCAUCCACUUGGUGGUGCUAUGAGGAGCAAGCAGUGUUCCAGGGUAACCCAGCUGCAGGGAAAAGGAAGCUAUUCACAGGUUCUCUAAGUCCCAGAGUGUUCUCAGUCCCCACUCAAUGCAGCCCCUUUGCCUGCACCAGACACCUAGAAUGCCCAGCAAGUGGGAGGGGGCAAGGCUGACUUUUCAGUCUAUGAACCACAGCAAGAACUGACCCAGGCUUAGGAGGGUCUGCAGGGACCGUACUUUACGUGUCUGUGAGGCUGGGUUCCCAGCAGACAGGCGUCAGACAGGAGGCAAGAGGAAUUGUUGGCGGCAUGAAGGAUGCAAAGGAAUUCAGGCGCAGUCAUUUGGGACCACAGAUGCAAUAAAAGAAAAUAUAUUGACUAA